GGGGAAGAUGAGCAGAACUGCAAGGAGUGGCAGGGAGGAGAGAGAGAGGGAGGGGGAAGUGAGAGCGAGAGAGAGAGAGAGAGAGACAGAGGGAAGGGAGAGAGAGAUGCAGAGAGAGAGAGAGAGAGAGAGAGAGACAGAGAGAGACAGAGGGGGAAGUGAGAGCGAGAGAGAGCGAGAGAGAGAGAGAGAGGGGGAAGGGAGAGCGGAGCAUAUUUUGCCUGUAUCCUUUACAAGCAUCUAACCCACAGUAUAAGCUACACAGCCCUCUCUCUCUCUACGGACCAUGGACUGUUAACACCAGCAGCCCUCUCAAACCUCUCCAGGACCAGAACCAACCCGGACUUCCUCUAUCAUUUCUCUCCCAGGUCCAACAACAACAUGGACCGUCUCAACACCACCUCUCUCCCGUGGGUCCCUGACGUCGCCCCGCUGUCCCAGGUCUCCCUGCAGGUUCAAGAGGUGUACCCGUUCCACGACGGCUGGAACGUAGCGUGCUUCGUCAUCCUCCUCCUCUUCAUCCUCACAGUAGUCUCCCUGGCAGCCCUGGCCUUCCUCUACGAGCUGCUGGACUGUGGCUGCUGUGUCAAGGGGAAGACCCAUCGUGACCUGAUGGAGGAGGCUGGACCCUUCCAGAACAUGGUGGACAAGAUCCACAGUCCCACGGGGUCACAAACCGAGGUGGUGUAAGGGGGUUAAGGGGUCGUUGCCACAGUGACCAGGGCCAAGCAGGAAGUUAGGUCAUGACCGUUGACCCUGAAUCUGAACCCGAGACUGACUGUGCUGUGUGCUCACAGUUGGAGAACAGUGAGACUGCACCUUCGUAUGUGUGAGAUUGUGUGUGUGUGUGUGUGUGUGUGUGUGUGUGUGUGUGUGUGUGUGUGUGUGUGUGUGUGUGUGUGUGUGUGUGUGUGUGUGUGUGUGUGUGUGUGUGUGUGUGUGGGGGGGGGGGGAAUGGUGGUGUUAUCUAUUCAAAGCACGUCAGCAGGGAAGGCAGGAGAGAAGAAGAGCUCUCCUUUGCCAAGUCCAGGGUUUUGACAAGUCUAUUAUUCGACGGAUGUUAAAGCCUAGCCUGCAUCUUCAUCCCAUCACCACAUGUUAAGUACAAGACAUACCAUUCGAGACAGCUAAAGACACAGAGGAGAUCCACAAUGAUAGCCAACCCUCUAGGACCCUACAGAGCAAGAAAGUCACCCAAAGUCAACGACCAAGACGACCAAAAAUUAAAGUAACUGUCGUAGUGUUUCCAGAUUUCUAUGAAAGUCCCCUGUCCAACCCCCCAAAAAAAUUAUGUUAAAAAGCAGCUUUUGUGUGUUGGAAUGGUGUGGGCGUGUACUGGUUAUUAAACAUAUGAAUGGAGCAGACCGCUGAUUGGCCAUCUCAUCCUACUCAGGAUGAUGAUCUCAUCCUAUAUGAGGAAAUAACAAGCAUUUUUUUAAAUGGUCUGUUUGAGAUCCACGUUUGAGGUGGGGGUUUUUUUUAAGUGUUUUUUUGCUCCAAUUUAUGAUUUGACCACAAAUACGAGUUAAGCUCACUUUAAAAGUUAAUAUUCUGUUUUCACUGGACAGUUACUUUAAAGAUGUCCACAAAAGAUCCAGCUACCACAGAAGAAGUCCCACGUUUUAAUGUAAUUUACAGAUUGUUUUUAUUCAAUGCCCUAAUGCUUUGACUGCCUUUGUAGUGAAGUCCUCAUCCAUUUGACUAAAAAACUGUUCACAACUUGCUGUGUAGUAAUGAUGUAAUCAACAUGUUGCCUGUGAUAAUGUCACCACUCACCAACAUAUUUUAAACCACAGCCAAGUGGCCAUGAUACUACUCUCUCUUGAAGGGGGGGGGGGGGGGGGGCACCUGUACACACACCAAUGUAAAUAAAGUAAUCUACUUGCAUUGAGCACAAGGUAUUAUUUCACUUGCCUAAAAUGAUGAUGAUGAUGAUGAUGAUGAUGAUGAUGAUGACGAAUAAACAAUUAUCACGUAAGAAAAACAAA